GAGAAAAAAAAAAAGAAAGACUAAACAGAAUCCAUAUAAAGCCGUCUCUCUCUCUCUCUCUCUCUCGUAAUUGGACAAAUAAAUGAUUCCUAGCUAAGAUUUUUCAACCAACAAUAAUCAAAACAAAGUUUUUUCUUUUAAAGAAACUCACUUCCUUCCACGUUUCGAUUUUCGUUAUUCCUUUAAUUGCCCAAAAUCAUUCACCAAAAUUCCAGCUCAGACUCUUAAAAGAUUGCGUUCGCCGAUAAGUGACAGAUCCGCUUUUCUCUGUCACAAUAAUAAACCAAAAGGAAAAUCCCGUCUGUUUUUCUUUUUUUCCCCCGCCUCCUCGUUCUCGAUCCCUUCAAAGGUUCGUUGAUGGUCAUCUAAGUUCGUGUCAACGACAAGAGAGAGCAUAUUUUUUCGGUUGUUUCAUCAGGUAGUGAGAGAUGGUUGCUUUUGGGAAGAAGUUGAAGGAAAGACAAAUUCAAGAAUGGCAAGGAUAUUACAUAAACUACAAAUUAAUGAAGAAGAGAGUGAAACAGUAUGCUCAUCAAAUUGAAGUGGGGACACUAGAUCGCCGACAUGUUCUCAAGGAUUUCUCAAGAAUGCUGGAUAAUCAGAUUGAGAAGAUUGUCCUUUUUCUGUUGGAGCAACAAGGACUACUUGCAAGCAGGUUGACAAAACUUAGAGAACAGCAUGAUGCUCUUGAAGAGCAGCCAGAAUUUUCCCAAAUAGCUGAACUAAGAGAGGCAUAUAGAGCAGUGGGACAAGAUCUUUUGAAGCUUCUUUAUUUUGUGGAAAUGAAUGCUAUUGGUUUGCGAAAGAUAUUGAAAAAGUUUGAUAAACGGUUUGGCUAUAGAUUCACUGAUUACUAUGUCAAAACUCGUGCUAAUCAUCCUUACUCUCAGCUGCAGCAGGUGUUCAAGCACGUGGGUUUAGGGGCUGUUGUUGGGGCAGUAUCUCGCAAUCUUCAUGAACUUCAGGACCGUCAAGGAAGCUACUUAUCAAUAUAUGAUCCACCUGCUCUUCCUCUCCAGGAUCCUGUAGUUGAAUUGAUAAAAGCAGCUGUGGAUAGGUUAUCUUACUCAACAAACUUCCUAAACUUUCUGGCACAACAUGCUCUCAUUAUGCAAGAAGAGCUACCUGCUCCUACCGAGGAACACAUUGAUGAAGAGAGAUACCAUUUUAUGUCACUCCUCUUGAACUUAGCAAACACAUUCCUUUAUAUGGUCAAUACAUAUAUUAUCGUCCCCACAGCAGAUGACUAUUCCAUGAGUCUUGGGGCUGCUGCAACAGUUUGUGGUGUUGUUAUUGGGGCAAUGGCCGUAGCGCAGGUGUUUUCUUCAGUGUAUUUUAGCGCAUGGUCUAAUAGAUCUUACUUCAGACCUCUCAUAUUUAGCAGUAUUGUCCUUUUUGUGGGAAAUGCCAUGUAUGCGCUGGCCUAUGAUAUGAACUCAUUAAUGGUUCUUCUAUUGGGUCGUCUUUUUUGUGGAUUAGGUUCUGCAAGAGCUGUUAACCGUCGGUAUAUCAGUGAUUGCGUUCCAUUAAAGAUCCGCAUGCAGGCAUCGGCUGGUUUUGUUAGUGCCAGUGCUUUGGGAAUGGCUUGUGGUCCCGCUCUUGGUGGCAUACUUCAGACCAAUUUCAAGAUUUACAAGUUUACUUUCAAUCAAGACACUUUGCCUGGAUGGGUCAUGGCUGUAGCUUGGCUUGUAUAUCUAAUGUGGUUGUGGAUCUCGUUUAAAGAACCGUCUCAUGAUGUUGAAGAGAGGCCUUCACCUCAUGCAUCUAAUUCUGAACCAGCAGAAAACGAUGCACUUGAGAAAGGUCUGAAACAACCAUUGCUCAUUACUUCUGAAGACAAGCAAGGUGAUGACGAAGACCAAGAAGGUGAUGGAAGUGAAGAGGCUUCUGAAGAAUGUCGUCAACCAGCUACAUCAAUUGUGUCAGCUUAUAGACUACUUACACCCUCAGUAAAGGUUCAGUUGUUGAUAUAUUUCAUGCUCAAGUAUGCUAUGGAAAUUUUACUUUCAGAAUCUAGUGUCAUCACCACAUACUACUUCAGCUGGUCUACAAGCACAGUUGCCAUCUUUCUUGCUUGUCUUGGCUUAACAGUUCUUCCAGUAAACAUUGUUGUUGGGAGCUACAUUAGCAACAUGUUUGAAGACAGGCAAAUUUUGUUGGCAUCUGAAAUUAUGGUUUGCGUAGGCAUACUGCUAAGCUUCCAUGUCAUAUUACCAUACACUGUGCCACAGUAUGUCUGCUCAGGGCUCAUCAUGUUUGUUUCUGCCGAAGUACUUGAAGGUGUCAACUUGUCGCUGCUUUCUCGGGUAAUGUCAUCUAGGCUUUCCCGUGGAACCUACAACGGAGGACUGCUUUCAACAGAAGCUGGGACCAUUGCUCGAGUCAUUGCAGAUGCCACCAUAACACUGGCUGGGUACUUGGGUGAGAGUAAGCUUUUGAAUAUUACUCUACUUCCUUCACUAAUAAUAUGCGUCUCCUCUAUUGUUGCGACAUGCUUCACCUACAACUCUUUGUAUUGAUCGAUUCCAAAAAAAAAAAAAAUCAUUUUUCCCUUUCCAAUUCAAUCCUUCCUUCUUCUUUUUUUCUCCUGAUCAAUUAAUUUUUUAUUAUAUGUAUUUGUCAUGUCAAUGCUGUGUAUUGUAAGAAACUUGGUCAUUGAUUAUCCUCUCUAUAAUUGUAAGCCAAUAAAAUCCUAGCUCCCUCCUAUUGAGGGCUCAAAAUUAAAGCUGCUAAGUUGUUACUCUGAUCA